GCGUUGUGAUUUGGCGCUAUAUAAAUAAAAAUAAGUUGAAUUGAAUUGGAUGGGAUAACUUUCUCCAAAAUUGAAAGGAUAAACGACGUACUGGACAAUUUCUGAUAAAAUCAAAAAUAAUCAAAUAAUUAAGGCACUAGACAGGUGUACUUAAUCAUGUGGCAAGUGACUAAAUACAGCUUUGUAAUAAAAAAAUAAAAAAUAAAAAAUCGAUGGGAAGCCCCUCAGUGUUGAGCUUUGUGUCAGUGUCACUGCAAAUUUAGUAGGUGAGUUGCAGACGGAUUUUAUAGAAACUGCAGUCAGUUAAAUGAGAUGAAUUAACUCCAAACACUCUGUUUUAGGAAACGACAAAAAACAUUUCAAGAAAAUUUUGAUUUCGAAAUUGAAAAUUCAAGAUAAUAUAAACAAAACAAAACCAAAAAAAACCCAAAAACAAAUAAACGGACACUUAAUUUUUGUCUCUAGUAGAAAACACCUCUCAAAGCAGAGGAGUAUGUGUUUGAAGGAGGGACCACAAAAUUUGAAGUUCCUGGUUUGCAAACAGAGAAGAAAGAGAAGCAGCAUUAAACAUUAAGCCGUCAGAACCUCGAGAUGAAACUCUGUCACAUUUUGCUCUACUCCAUCUUCCUCUACCUGCAGGAUGGAAACACUGGACUUGCCAACGCUGAAACUCCCGUCUAUGAAGGAGUGGAAGGAGGAAACAUCACAGCUGAAUGCCGGAUUUAUUUCUCUGGAAGCACGAUGUCACUCUGCAAGGAAAAAUGUGAAACAGGAAACGUUCUCAUUGAAACAACUGGUUACACAGCUCAGAGCGGCAGAUACAGCAUUAAAUUUGAAAAAAAUUAUUUUUCAUCAAAUAUUGUGUAUGUGAGCAUCACACAGCUACAGAAGUCUGACUCAGGACAGUACAUGUGUACUUUGGGUUCAAAAUCAGACAAUUUUAACAUUGUUGUCACAGAAGCUUCAGAUACUUCAACACCAAAUCAGCCUUUAUCAACAUCAACAUUUCUCCUGUCGGCCUCCACAACAACAACAACACAGCAUUUGAACUUCAGUUCAAGAAGCUUCACAUCUUUAGCCUUCUCUGAAGUCUCCAGACAGCCUCAAACAGCUACAGGUUUGUCCUUGGAGCUGGUUAUACGUUUAUCUGUGGUGGUGGUUCUGCUGCCUGUUGUUCUGCUGCUCAUCUACAGAAUCACGGCCGAGGGCUCUAACGGUUUGAACAGCAGGAGACACUCAGCACAUGACCACACUGAGAUUGGUCUCAGUGAAAUCGAUCGUCCAGUGUCCUCAUGUGAAGACUCGACCUACCAAAGUCUCAAUACAGCGAGCAGAGAUCACGACCAAACCUACUCUACACUCAGACACAAUAACCAGUUUUCAGACAUGAACUCCUGUCAAACUGAAUGACUGCAUGAGCAUACCAGUCAUUUUCCCAUUAAACCAAGUUACCAGGGUCAGUGAUGAAGAUUUCAUCAUCAAAGAGGAGUAAAAGCAGGAACGAGAUUAUGGACCUCUUAGAAUCCACAUGUCAAUCUCAUCCAUGUCAUCUUCUCCCAUUACUUCAUGGGAGAAGAUGACAAACCAGUAUCAAACCAGUAUCACAACCAAACAUGUAAUAGACACGCCGCCCUCAGGCCCUCCCAGGUGUGGGGGCCUAAAUUCAAUUCAAUUCAAUUCAGUUUUAUUUAUAUAGCGCCAAAUCACAACAAAAGUCGCCUCAAGGCGCUUCACCACACUCCCUGCCGGGUGGCUGAUGCUCUCGGACGUUGGUGUGCUCUCAGUCAUGCGUGCUACACAAUAACAUUCAAUAUUUAGUAUUUAGAGUUACCUACAGUUAUCCAAGUUAUUGCUGUGAUGUCGUGUUUAUUGUGUUGCUCUCUUUUUGCUUGUUUUCCUUUUUUUGUUCUCUCUCAACAGGUGAUCCAGCAGAUUUAUUUUUUGAUUUUUUUUUAGUGUCUUCUCUCACUGUCCCUCUUCUCCCCUGUUUUUCUUUCCCUCCCUUUCUUUCUAUCUCAUUUUCCUACUCCCAAGUCUGUCUGUCCUGUCUGUAAUAACUUAAAAUAAAAUAAAAUAAAUACAUUAAAUAGAAAGUAAUAGACACGCCGCUCCACUGGGUCCAUUUCGCGCUUUGCCUCUCCAAAACAUGAAAUGUACAAGCAUGCAGAAGUUGCAGUAACAGCAGAGGGAAAUUUUGUUUGAAGCCAACAUGAAAAUAAUCACGUGAAACCCUUUAAACAGACGCUAUUAACAUAUUUACAUGUAUAUGCAUAUUAGCCGCCUAGCUUAACUUCUUUCUGAUGAUUAAGGACGAAUGUACUUCAUGCGUUUGUCCUCGCUACCAACUUCGUGUCUUUACAUAUAUUACUCCCCCUGCUGGUAAUGCAACUUCUGCAUGCGUGUCCAUUUCACAUUUUGAAGAGGCAAAGCGUGAAAUAGACACAGUGGAUUACACAUUUUACCAUGAUAUCGGCUUGAUCCUUUAGCCACAGUGUAAAUAAAUGACGUACAUGGAUGUUCAGUCUGCCCAAGUCAUCUAUUAGAAGGUCUGUUUUUUAUUUAAAAUAAAAGUCAUUUCAAAGUUUCUACCUUUUUGGAAUCACUCGUCUCGUAACUCCAAACGCUCAGUUUUAGGAAACAACAAAAAAACAAAGAAAUUUUGAUUUCGAAAUUGAAAAUUCAAGAAAAUAUAAACAAAACAAAAAACAAAAACAAAUAAACGGACACUUAAUUUUUGUCUCUAGUAGAAAACACCUCUCAAAGCAGAGGAGUGUGUGUUUGAAGGAGGGACCACGAAAUUUGAAGUUCCUGGUUUGCAAACAGAGAAGGAAGUGAAGCAGCAUUAAACAUUAAGCCGUCAGAACCUCGAGAUGAAACUCUGUCACAUUUUGCUCUGCUCCAUCUUCCUCUACCUGCAGGAUGGAAACACUGGACUUGCCAACGCUGAAACUCCCGUCUAUGAAGGAGUGGAAGGAGGAAACAUCACAGCUGAAUGCCGGAUUUAUUUCUCUGGAAGCACGAUGUCACUCUGCAAGGAAAAAUGUGAAACAGGAAACGUUCUCAUUGAAACAACUGGUUACACAGCUCAGAGCGGCAGAUACAGCAUUAAAUUUGAAAAAAAUUAUUUUUCAUCAAAUAUUGUGUAUGUGAACAUCACACAGCUACAGAAGUCUGACUCGGGACAGUACAUGUGUACUUUGGGUUCAAAUUCAGACAAUUUUAACAUUGUUGUCACAGAAGCUUCAGAUACUUCAACACCAAAUCAGCCUUUAUCAACAUCAACAUUUCUCCUGUCGGCCUCCACAACAACAACAACACAGCAUUUGAACUUCAGUUCAAGAAGCUUCACAGCUUCAUCAACCUCCUCUGAAGUCUCCAGACAGCCUCAAACAGCUGCAGGUUCAGAUAAGCUGCUUCAUGUGAUUCUGAUUCUGGUCGCUAUGAUCACCAUCUUAUCAGCAGCUUUGCUGAUUUUCUACAAGCACAGGAAGAAUAAACCAAAAGGACCUCCUGUGAAAACUGAACAUGCUGACAUCACACAGGCCAACUGGCUUUAUGGAAACAUCACAGAGGAUGAAACUCAGAACAGUGUAAUUCCUGUGCGGGUGUCUUCAGUUCAUGACUACCCCGAAGGCUCGCAACCAGAUGGAGUUGAAAACCAAGAGCAUUACAGCCUCGUCACCGCUCCUCAGAACACGGUAAAUAAAAUCAUGGUUUGAUUUUAAACUCUGAGGUCAGAAACAAUGACCGGUGCAGCAUUUUGGGCAGUAAACUAAUUCACUAGUUGUCUGGAUGAAUCAAGCUGACAUAGCAACAGGCCACUUUCUGAAGCUUGUAUUGAAAAGGGUUCAUUACUCGAAGGUUUUCGACACAGUGCUCUUUGGUGACAUCUGGUGGCCAAAAAUAUGAAGCGCAGAGCAAUUUAAUAUGAACUGCUUCAUUGUGAUUACCCGCUCGACCUGAGCUAACAGCUUCUGUUUAAUAUUAUGUGACAAUUCUGUGUGAUAUCGGACUAUCGCUGUGGUGCUUUGAACAUGUACUUUUGAAGGAUGAAAAAGAAAUGUUAUGUCUAUUUGAUUAAUAAAUAAUUUUAAUGAAUAAA